GCUGUAUCAUAUAUGUACAUGUACGGGGUUCAAUCGAAUGACAAAUUCGUCGAGUGCGGAAGUGAGCGUUUGGUAGGGGGUAAAAUACUUCAGAAAGGAUUUAAGCUCCCCAGACAGACUGAAUAUUUCGGUGAUUUACUGUGAUUACAGUGUAGGAAAAAAUAAACUUGCACCAUGGCGAAUAUGACAGAUCGAGAUGCUAUCAUCGAAGCAUAUAAUGAUGUACGGAGCGACGAAACACCGACGAACUGGUGCUGUUUAAAAUACGACGAAAGCAAUAAUCUCAGCCUAGACAGCUGUGGGGAAGAAUUUGAUGAACUGAAAUCCAAAUUUGGAGGUGACGAGCGCGUGUACGCGUUCCUGAGAGUUCAGACGGGGGACGAGAUGAGCAAGCGGAUGAAGUUUGCCCUUAUCAUCUGGGUCGGGCCGGGUGUUUCCGCCAUCAAGAAGGCAAAGAUGAGCACUGAGAAGGCUUUUGUAAAAAAGGUUUUCCUGAAUUUUGCCUCCGAAAUGUUCUUUGACGACCUCCACGAUGUGAAGCUAGACAAAGUGCGCGAUGAGUUGAUUCGAGCAGGGGGAGCUAACUACGGCACCGGGAAACAUUGACCUCUCAUAGACACCUAGUUACCGUUCUUGAAUAUGUAUGACGUACUACAGAUAGGAUUUUUACUUAAACUCUCGCAAGAUCGAUGAUCCAAAUGAUAAUUUAUAUCUGCAUGUCCCAUUAACAGUAUACAGUGAAAUGGGCGCAAUUUAUAAUUGACUGGAAGAAAUUGUAAUACUAUAAUUAUUAUGCUUAUACCCUUAUUUUGCAUUUUUUUACGACUUAAAGACACUUUACACAUUAGCCUAUUAUUCACUAUCAGGUUUUGAAUGAUUGAAAUUCAAACAAACAUAUAAGUAUUCAUCAUUCACUUAGACACAUACAAAUAUGUCAUUCAUUAUUAUUGCUCUUUUUCAUCAUUGCAGUCUUGUCCUAAAUUGUCUGUAUAUUGGUGCUAGAUAAUGAAAAUGUACACGUCUCGUUUACAAUUCAUAUGAAAACGUUCGUAUUUUGAAUGUUACAUUCUUACUAUGUUUCGUGUUUCUAAGUACUCGUUAUUUGUCUUGUAAAAGAUAUUGUAUGAUCAUUUUGUGCGACAUGUUUAUCGCUGUUGUUUCCGCGUUGUACUACACAUAUAACUAUAACAAAUGCAAAAUAAAUACAUCUACCUUUUGCAAAUACACUAUUUUUGAGCCUUGAAAUGUGAAUGAGUUGAAGUAGAAAUAUAUCAAGUGCUGUAUUUUUCUGUGGAAAGCAACCAUGGUACUUUACCGCUGAUAUUUCCCUGAAGAUUUUACAUAAGAAUAAGCUGUGUAUGUACACACAUGCACAUAGACAUACAUUAUGGCAAAUAAUUGUAUCAAUUUAAUAUCUAUUAAACAUCUUAAUGAAUGACCAGGAUGGUUUAAGCGCGUUUCUAUUAAAUAUAUAUUUUUAGUUAUUGAUGGUAUUUCAAUUUGGAACGUUUUUUAUACUUCUAUUUUAUUUUCUAGUGUUUUUUACACGCGUAUAUUUAAAAAGAAAAUAAAUAUUUUUAAUCAAUUAAAACAGAAGUUAAAAGUUAAACACAAAUAAAUAUAUAACUUAAUUAAUUAAUUAAUCAAUCAAUUUAUUAUGUUCUGUUAACAAUUCCUGUUUGUUAUUAUUUGUUUGUAGUUCAUACUUAAAUAUAUUUUAACUACAAACAAAUCCCUAGGGCUUUCAAAAUUAUGAAUCUAUUGUGCAUUUCACAGGUAUGACAAAUUAAACUCGCGGUUACAAGAUUCACUUCAGUUUGUAUUAUAUUCAAUCGUUAAAUGUUCAAACUUCAUUGAAUAAAAUAAAUAUUUAUAACCAAUA